GGCUCCUAGCCGGCGCCCUGUUAGCAGCUUGAUCUGGAGUUUUUGGCCGAUCCCCCAAUGGAGGAUACAAAGGCCGACAAGUACAAGUCCCUUCGCAUUGAGGAGGGGGAUGAGAUGGAGCAUCGUCUAGAUGCCUUGAGAGAGGACUUUCUCAAGCUGCAAGAUGAUGAGACAGAUCUGGUUGAGCAUAUCGACCUACUGACCCAGGCCUAUCACACCAGGAAGGAUCCGUUGCAGAAGGACUUGCAGCAGAUCCGGGCGAAACUGCACAGCAUGGAGCUGGAGAUCUGGUCGCUGGAGCACGGCGAAGAGUCCGGAGAAGCCGCGCCGGGCCCGGAGAAGCUGUCCUUCGUGAACGGCAACGCCUUCGGCUGCCUCUGCUCCUUUGUGAUCUUGGCCAACCUAACGGUCAUGGCCCUGGAGUAUCGCCAGGGCUCGGAAAGGUACCAACUCUUGGACCUGCUGUUCCUGGGUUUCUAUGUGGUGGAGCUGGUGCUCAAGGGCGCCUACUUCCAAAAGACCUUGCUCUGCGGGAAAUGCUCGGUGGUCUGGUGGAACUGGCUGGACCUCAUCAUCGUCUUGAGCGGGGUCUUGGAGCAAACCUUGGUGCCACUGCUGGGAAGCAGCGGGAGCCUACCCAUCCACUUGUCCAGCUUGCGAUGUCUACGACUGCUGCGUUUAGCCCGGGUGGCGAGGGCUCUGAAGCUGAUCAAGUUUCUGCUACGCUCAGACCUGUCAUGGACAGAGCAUCCGGCCUUUGAGACCUUCAUGAUGGUGGUGAUCAUGAUCAACGCCAUCGUGAUGUGGCUUGAGCUGGACUAUCCACUGCCAACGCUCCCCGUUUGGACCUGUGUCGAAAACACACUACUCGUCAUCUAUGUCUUUGAGCUUUUCGUUCGCGUGGCAUUCCACGGCGUGGGCUACUUUAUUCAUGAAGACUGGGCCUGGCACUGGUUGGACUUUGUGGUGGUCAUGUUCGGUGUCUUGGAGCAGUGGAUGCUCCCGUUUUGCGGGUACAUCUACGAGCUGGCCACAGGCUCGCCCAGUCAGACGUCAGUGGCCCUUCCAUUCUUGAGGUUGAUGCGCGUGACUCGUGUGACUCGAGUGUUGCGUCUGGCGCGGCUUCUUAGGAAGGUGAGGCCUUUGUAUCAGCUGCUGAAUGGCGUCACGGCGUCCUUGCAGGGCGUUGGCUGGGUGAUAUUGGCAACUUUCAUGCUGCUUUACUCUGCUGCGAUUGUAUUUACCACUAUGGUGGGGAGGGGCUACAUCUAUGACAAUCCGGAUGAGAUACCUGAAGCAGCGAAGGAAAACUACGCCACCGUCGCGAGAUCUUUCCUCACCCUCUUCAAGCUGAUGAAUGACGACCAGUCAGUCGUGGAGCCCAUUGUGACCACCUGGAUCGGCCAGCUGCUGUUUUACUCCUUUAUGAUGCUGUCCAACUGGAUGGCCCUAGCCAUCCUCACCUCGGUGGUCAGCGACAAUAUGAUCGCGGCCAGUCGCCAGCACGACGAGCACGAGACCUUGCACCAGAAACAGCUGAAACAAGCGCGCGCGAAGGUACGACUCAAACAGAUCUUCGGGAAGCUAGACCAAAACCAGGACGGGUGCAUCACGGAGAUGGAGCUGGAGCAGUUCCUGAAGGACGAGCUGCAGCAGCAGGAGCUCUGUGAAGCCGCGGGGCUGCACCCCGCCGACCUGGUGGAGGUCUUGUACUGCACCGGCUACGAAACCAAAGAAGGGGAGAGGAGGCUCUUGUACCGCCAGUUCCUGCAGAUGCUCCAGGACGAAAGUGGCCCGGUCUCGGAGCGGAGCAUCUUCAAGAUCAUGGAGCGGCUUCGCGCCAUGGAGUUCCGGGUGGAGCGUCGCCUCACCGCGGUGCUGGAGCGCCUGGUGCCGCCAAAUGAGCUGCCGCCCGCCUUGCCGUCUUUGGAGCAGGAGCUCGAUGCACUGAGACUCCUCGAGGAUUCACCUGCGCGAUCUCUGGUGAAGGCAAUGUCCCGGAAACACCUAGGGAGUGCAAGAGAACUCGACGGAGGGGAAAGCCGCGGCUUGUCCAGCUACGCGUCCUCGUAUCACCAGUGAAUCACCACUGAAUCACUUCGAAUCAUUGCUGAAUCAGACCUGCAAAUGCAGAUG